CGUAAGUUUUCGCGGCUGCAGUUAAUUUAUCGCUUCUGCUUUUGAGAAUAUUGAUGGUUUUUAAACAUGUCUGUGAAGACUGGAGUUUCCAUCUUCAGGGUUCCCUGAAGAUGGAAACUGUAAUGUUGUCGACAACCUGGAAAAAUAUCAACAUGCAACACGACGUGUUCCUGAAAGCCGCAGUCAUACACAAUCGAUACAGAAAAACCCGGAAGCACUUAUCUCCAUAGAUUCUACAAGAAAGUUAUAGUGAUAUAUAUCCAUGGCACAGCUGUUUGUGACGUCCGACAAAACGGAUGUACAGUGAAGCCUGUGACGAACUUGAUAAAGAACUUGCUGGAAUAAUGUUAGACAAAAUACGCAUUUUGUUUUAUUGAACUAUGAUGCUAUAACAAUCGUACGGCACUUUACAAUCUGCACAGUAAUAAGAAAAAAUGACAGACUAUUCCACACAAGCUUGUACGGUUGAACCAAAGGAAUCUAGCAGUGAGAGUCCUGUAGAUGUUAGCAAGCCAGCAGAGGGACUUGUGACUCUCUACCAAGCAAAGCUCAAGAAAGUAAGACAGCAACUUGAUGAAUUAACAAAGAAGCAGACAAGCCUGAUAAGCCAGUUGGAAGAUGAGAAUCGCAGGUUCACCAAUGUGGAGACAUUAGAGGACCUGCAGCAAACGUUUGUGGUGCUGAAACUGUACCAGACGAAGUUAGUUGCUAUCAAGAAAGAGAUGAUACAGCUCCAUGACAGAGCCACAAAGCUAAAAAAGAGGGCACUGAAACUUCAACAAACAAAACAGAAGGCAGCUCUACAUCGCGAACAUCAGAGGGAAUUGCAGCUGCAGCGAGAGACUGACCUUAUCGCCAAACCGUCAUCAUCACAUGAUACCGCAACUGCUAAAAAUGGCUGGACUACAAGGUACGCCAGCAUCAGACCUGCUGGGAGUAAAAGUGUUAAGAUUUUCCUCAAUUUAAUAUUCAAAUCCACUGCUACCCAAGGAAGUCUUGAAUGGGGGUACACGGUAUUCUGCACUUGAAUUUGAAAAGCAGUCCCCUCCAUUAUGACAUUUUAUUAUUAAAGUGUGUAGGGCUCCAGAAAUAUAACUUAAAACCUUCAACCAUUCUUAAAGAAUGCAUAAAAUAUAUAUAUAUUUACUCAUCACAGGUGUGCAUUAACAUUUCUCGAGCAAUGAAGAUAGACACAGGCAGAUGGUGUAAGUUAUUACAAGUGACCACAUGCAACGGAAGUCAUAUAGCACACAGCUGAAGCUGAAAGUCUCGGUAAAUAUAUACCAGUUGAAUGUGAUCUGUAAUAAACAGUGUUUUCAGUUGCAUCUUGUA